AUGGUGAGUUUUAAGGGUCUAUUUACAAAAAAGAUAUUGUUCAGUCUUGUUUUAGGCCAAGUUCUGUCUCUUUUUAUCACAUCAACUGGUUUUUCAUCAUCUGAGCUUGCUAGGAGAGGAAUCAAUGCACCAACAUCGCAAUCUUUAGCGAACUAUGUCUUACUGGCGAUUGUUUAUGGUGCAAUUUUGAUUGGCAGAAAAAAAGGAAUGAAGGCAAAAUGGUACUACUAUUUAGUUCUUGGGCUUGUAGAUGUUGAGGCAAAUUAUCUUGUGGUGAAGGCAUACCAGUACACGUCAUUAACAAGCGUUAUGCUACUGGAUUGUUGGUCAAUCCCAUCUGUCAUAAUCCUUACCUGGCUCUUCUUGAAGACAAAAUACAAGCUCAAGAAAAUUGUGGGUGUUCUCAUUUGUGUUGCUGGUCUAGUGCUUGUUAUUUUUUCAGAUGUACAUGCAGGAGAUCGUAAACAAAGCGGUAGUAACCCUGUUAAAGGGGAUUUGUUGGUCAUUGCCGGGGCUACACUUUAUGCUAUCUGCAAUGUUAGCGAGGAGUUUUUUGUAAAAACGGCUGAUCAAGUUGAACUCUUGGCGAUGUUGGGACUCUUUGGUGCCAUUUGUAGUGGUAUUCAAAUAACCGUACUUGAACGAGAAGAACUCAAGUCGAUCCACUGGUCAUCAGGAGCGGUGCUUCCGUAUGCUGGAUUUGCAGCAGCAAUGUUUCUAUUUUACUCGGGUGUACCGGUCCUGCUAAAGAUUAGUGGCUCUACAAUGCUAAAUCUGUCUUUGUUGACAUCAGACAUGUGGUCGGUUUUGAUACGCAUCUUUGUGUACCAUGAAAAGGUUGAUUGGAUGUACUUUGUAGCAUUUGCUGCUGUUGCUGUCGGGCUGGUUGUUUAUUCAGCGUUCGAUAAAGAAGUGAACAAAACGAAUGGCGAUGCUGCUGAUGAGUUGGAACAAAGUAAAGAUGGUGAUGAGGAAGCUGCUGUGGGCUCGGGUAGGUUAAGCACAACAGUCAAAGGGAUUUGAUGUCAGAGUGUAUUUUUGCAAUAUAAAGUCUGGAAUAUCUCGCUUACCUGAGAUAUUGUUGGUGAGUUUUUUCUUACGACAUUAUGC